UUGAAAAUAUUCAUUUCAGAAUGUAGGUGUUUUUAACCAAUAUCCUUCAAGUGUUUCUAUCAAUGUUGAUGACAGCAUUAGUGUUCGCAAUAAGUAAAUUCACUAAAUUUCUUGAUCAACACUACUGGGUUGGUAUUAUUUUAAGUUUCAUUUCGAUUGGUGCAACCAUUGCAAUUUUCUUUAUUCAGAGAUUCACACAUUUGAAAUACCUCACGGAUUUCCUUUACGUACUACUCACAUUCAGCUUCGCUGGUGUGAUAACCUGCCUUUCAAUCAACGUGGAAGGAAUGUUCAUAUUUAUCAGUUGGAUUUUGGCCAUCAUUCUAUCAGUGUUAUUGUUUAUGAUUGGAAUAAACAUUAAACGUGAUUUGGUCAGUUAUUUUUGGUCGUUUUUGUUUUAUGUCAUUAUUGUCAUUCUUAUCAUUUUUGUUCUGCUGAUCCCAUGGAUCUAUGAUAUUAGAGUAGUGACGUGGGCAAUCGGUCUCCUCGUUUUAGCCAUCGUAAUUCCGGCUAGUUUAAUUGAAGCUCAAAUAUUUUGUGGAGGAAGAGCAAUAUACUACAGAGCUGAAGAUUUCAUAUUUGCAUCAAUGGUUCAUUUGUUCUUACUGACUUUCUCAUAUUCUGGAUUUAUUUUACUGUUUCUCAACAUUAACUUAUCCUAGAUAAUGACAAUUUGUGUGAUGUUUCAAUGUGAUGUAUCCUCUUGUAAUUGUGUACUCUUGAUGAUGCAGUAGAACAAGAAUGAUGAAUAUGAGAAUUUCUGUGUUUGUUCACUUGUCUUCAUUUCUAUUUAUUGUACGUGAUUAAGCAGAAUCGGAUUUGAAAUAUUGAGUUUUAAUUGAACUAAUCAUUGUGAGUUUGUGUUGUCAUCAAGUGGGAAAGGGAUUUUCUCUAAAUCAUCCGAUUUGUAGUUUGUAUUAUACCAUUGAUUUUGUGUAGAUAGUGAUUGGGAGUGUGGAUGUAAUAUAAUAGUAUGCUGUUGAUUAUGUUAUUAAAUUGUUUGAAAUAAAUCGAAUAUACUGUGAACUGCAAAUGUCUUGACUGUUACAUGGUGUUCGUUCAUUCCAUCAAUCUGAACGAUAGUUGUAUUGAGAAGAAAGUUAACAAAGUCAUCCAUUUGGACGAAAUUCCACUUUAUCGUGAUUGAUCUGGUUUGUUGAAUAUGAAGUAGAGAAAUUGUAAGUUGGAGUUUACGGUAUGUUUGAGUAGAAAAUCGACUUAUUUGUAAACACAUAAACAAGGAUUGACAAUAGUUUAUUAUAUGUAUAUGGGUGGAUGUAUCAUUGAUAGUCGUGGUGUGAUAGAUGUAGAUCCAUGUGAAUAUCUCUUUGUUAAUUCACAAUAUUUGUUAUUGAGGUCUGAUAACAAAGUUACACGUCUUGUGAAACAAUCGCAAAAUACUGAUGCAUAAUACAAAUUCAUCUACCUCACCAUGGUAUUUAUGUGUUUCAUUAUAUAUAAGAUUUUAUAUAGCAAAUUUAAAUUGUCUUAUUCAGAGUCAGUCAACAAGCACUAGUUUGGUUUUUUGAAAAAUGACCUAGAAAUCAUCUAAACUACUGACAAAGUCAAUUGGUUUUUGUAGACAUGUAUGUAAUUCGAAUUAUUUGUCCGUAACAAAUGCCCGUUUCCUCUUAUGUGUUCAGAUUGUCAUUGAUUAGUCAAGUUUCAUUUGUAAUCAACUUCAUUUUCUCAAAGUAUAGUUGUGUGAAGUGAUGUUGCUCUAAAAUUAAUUGAUUUGUCACUACAAACUGUAGCGGUAAUUAAAUCCCCAAAGUAAACAGCUCUGUAAGUCGUCGACAUUGGAUUCUGACCACAUUAGUUUAAAUGGACUCACACCUAGCUGAAGGCACUCGGUCAUGCAUCCGCACCAGAUCACGAGUGGGAACGCCGUGAUCAACAUCCUCUGCAAUCGCUAGCCUGAUUAAAUCAGACGAUCCUCGAUAUAUUGAAAGCCUAUCAAAUAUAUCUUCGAAUCUCCUCGCUUCUGUCUUUUGGUUUCACUCGGUGGGUGCGAUUCAUAUUAGAAUGUGUUACUGGUUAAAGCGUUGUCAAACUCCGAAUAUCUAUGACAUCUUCAUUAGUGAGGCUAACGUGAUUUGGUACGCCAACU